CCCCGCACCAGCGAGAUGGCGCUGGAGGCGGCGAGGUCGUGGGCGGCGUCCGCGCUCCCGCCCGAGCUCGCCGCCGGCGGGGGCGACCCGCUGGCCGCGCUCGCCGCCACCGCCGCCGCGCUCCUCGCCGGCCUGCUCAUCCUCGCCUUCUGGCUCCGAUCCGCCGCGGCCGGGCCCGCCAAGGCCCCCGCCGCGCCGCUCCGCCCGCCACCCGUCAGGGUCCGCGACGACGCCGACCUCGACGACGGCCGCAAGCGCGUCACCGUCUUCUUCGGCACCCAGACCGGCACCGCCGAGGGCUUCGCCAAGGCGAUGGCGGAGGAGGCCAAGGCGCGCUACGAGAAGGUGGUCUUCAGAGUGGUGGAUCUGGACGACUAUGCGGCGGAGGAUGACGAGUACGAGGAGAAGCUCAAGAAGGAAACGUUCGCGCUAUUCUUCUUGGCGACAUAUGGUGAUGGGGAACCCACUGACAACGCUGCGAGAUUCUACAAAUGGUUCACUGAGGGCAAGGAGAAGGAAGCUUGGCUGAAGGAUUUUAAUUAUGCUGUAUUUGGCCUUGGGAACAGGCAAUACGAGCAUUUCAAUAAGGUUGCAGUGGUGGUGGAUGAGCUACUACUGGAUUUUGGUGGCAAGCGUCUUGUUCCCUGUGGCCUUGGUGACGACGACCAGUGCAUUGAGGAUGACUUCACCGCAUGGAAAGAAUUAGUAUGGCCAGAAUUGGACCAACUGCUCCGUGAUGACGAUGAUACUACCGGUGCAUCCACUCCUUACACUGCUGCCAUACCUGAAUACAGAAUUGUAUUUAUUGAUAAAUCAGAUUUAGUGUUCGAAGAUAAAUCCUGGACACUGGCCAACGGCAAUGGUGUUAUUGAUGCCCAACACCCUUGCAGGUCUAAUGUUGCUCUUCGGAAGGAACUACAUAAACCAGCUUCGGAUCGCUCUUGUAUUCAUCUGGAGUUUGACAUUUCAGGCACUGGUCUUGUGUAUGAAACCGGAGAUCAUGUUGGGGUUUAUGCAGAAAAUUCUAUCGAGACAGUGGAGCAGGCUGAAACCCUUCUUGGUCUUUCCCCAAAUACAGUUUUCUCCAUACAUGCAGACGCUGAAGAUGGAUCUCCUCGUAAAGGGGGCUCCUUGGCUCCACCAUUCCCAUCUCCUUGCACCUUACGGACUGCACUACUACGAUAUGCUGAUCUACUCAGUUCACCAAAGAAGGCUGCUUUGACUGCUUUAGCUGCUCAUGCUUCUGACCUGACUGAGGCUGAAAGACUGAGGUUUUUGGCUUCUCCUGCUGGAAAGGAUGAGUAUGCUCAAUGGAUUGUAGCUAGCCAGAGGAGCCUUAUUGAAGUUAUGGCCGCAUUUCCUUCAGCUAAGCCUCCUUUGGGAGUAUUCUUUGCAGCGGUAGCUCCUCGUCUACAGCCACGAUUCUACUCCAUAUCAUCAUCUCCAAAGAUGGCUCCCUCCAGAAUUCAUGUGACAUGUGCAUUAGUUUAUGGGCCUACACCAACAGAAAGGAUCCACCAAGGAGUUUGUUCGACAUGGAUGAAGAACACACUUCCACUGGAAUAUAGCGAAGAAUGCAGCUGGGCACCAAUUUUUGUGAGGCAGUCGAACUUUAAGUUACCUGCAGAUCCAUCCACUCCAAUUAUCAUGAUUGGUCCUGGGACUGGGCUAGCACCUUUUAGGGGCUUCUUGCAGGAAAGAUUAGCUCUAAAAGAAUCUGGGGUUGAAUUGGGCACAUCAGUCCUCUUCUUUGGAUGCAGAAACCGUGAAAUGGACUACAUAUAUGAAGAUGAGUUGCAAAAUUUCCUUACUGAGGGGGCUCUUUCUGAGCUAGUCGUCGCCUACUCUCGUGAAGGGCCGACCAAAGAAUAUGUGCAGCAUAAGAUGGUAGAGAAGGCUACAGAGAUUUGGAACGUCAUCUCUCAGGGUGGUUAUAUAUAUGUUUGUGGUGACGCAAAGGGCAUGGCAAAGGACGUACAUAGAGUUCUUCACACAAUAGUUCAAAAGCAGGGAUCUCUGGAUAGCUCCAAAACCGAGCUUUAUGUAAAGAACCUACAGAUGGAAGGCAGGUACCUCCGUGAUGUAUGGUAACACCAGCGCACAUCUGUAGCUCUAGCGUGUAGAAGUGAAGAUGUGGGAUGCGAAUCGAACCGUGAAUUUCUCAGAGAAAAGCAUCCCUUUGCCUGGAAAUUGGUCUUAAUCGGUGUAAUUCUUUGACAUCUAACCUGGCUCUGAUACCGGUAUUUAUUAUAUGGAUGGUUGAAAGAAUAAGUGUUGUUGUAGAUUAUUAUUAGAACUUAAAUGUCCCCCGCGGAAGCUGUAGCAUGGGGAUAUACACCAUAGUUUGAGACAAGGAUGUCGUGUAUACAUUAAGGACUAUGCCUGAAACAAAUUUUGCAUCUGGUUUAUAGAACAAGUGCUUAGCUACUA